UUAUAGUACUCCAGAGGGCACACCUCUGGAAGCGGAGCACACGCAAACUGACCGUCGACAUUUACCACGUGGCAACAUCCACCUCCCCUGCUCGAACCUUCACCGAAACCUGCCCUCUCUUUCUCUCUGUAUGGCUCAAACCCUUUAUAACUCUCUUCCUCGUUACCCUCCUCUCAAAUCCCUUCGACAAAUAUUUCAAUUUUUUUUAAUCUGACGAAUUUUGGUGCCAAAAAAAUCAUUAAUAUCAUUUUUUUGACAAUAUGGAGCCCUUAAGUUUGACAGGAUUACUGAAGAAGGCUGCGGCGGAGUUCCCAAGCAGGAGAGCUCUAUCGGUUUCCGGUAAAUUCGAUUUAACAUAUGCUCAAUUUCAACUACUCGUCGAUCACGCUGCCUCUCUUCUCAUCGCCUCCGGUAUCGAGCCUGGCGAUGUCGUCGCUCUUACUUUUCCAAACACCGUCGAGUUCGUGAUAAUGUUCUUGGCUGUAAUUCGCUGCCGAGCAACUGCUGCGCCGUUAAAUCCGGCUUACACAGCGGAGGAAUUCGAGUUCUACCUUGCUGAUUCUGAAUCCAAGCUUUUAUUUGUCCCAGCCGAAGGCAUCAAGCCGGCUCAAGCUGCCGCUUCCAAGCUCAACAUUCCCCACGUGUCCGCCACUCUCCGCGAUGAGAAUUCCAAAAUUACUCUCUCCUCUGACCCCGAGUCAAAUCUUGACUCAGUCCACCAACUAGUAAAUGACCCUAAUGACGUCUCACUUUUCCUUCACACCUCGGGUACCACCAGCCGUCCAAAGGGUGUCCCUUUGACUCAGCUCAAUCUAGCCACCUCUGUUUUGAACAUUAAAUAUGUUUAUAAACUCAGCGAGUCUGAUUCUACUGUCAUCGUGCUCCCGUUAUUUCAUGUGCAUGGCUUGUUAGCUGGCUUACUGAGUUCACUCAUUUCCGGUGCUGCCGUGACUCUACCAUCCGCUGGGAGAUUUUCUGCCUCGACAUUUUGGACGGACAUGAUUAAAUAUAAUGCCACGUGGUACACUGCUGUUCCCACGAUACACCAGAUCAUAUUGGACCGCCACGAGAGCAAGCCCGAGCCGGAAUACCCGAAGCUGAGGUUUAUUAGGAGCUGCAGCGCAUCAUUGGCGCCGAGUAUAUUGGAUCGGCUAGAGGAGGCAUUUGGCGCACCGGUGCUUGAGGCUUACGCCAUGACUGAAGCAUCUCAUCUCAUGGCUUCAAACCCGUUACCCGAAUGUGGCCCGCAUAAGGCCGGGUCGGUUGGGUGGCCUGUUGGUCAAGAGAUAGCGAUUUUGAAUGAACAAGGGGAGGUUCAGCCGCCUAAUACUAAGGGAGAGGUUUGCAUUAAGGGAUUGAAUGUGACAAAGGGUUAUAAGAAUAAUCCUGAGGCUAAUAAAUCAGCUUUUCUAUUUGGUUGGUUCCACACUGGGGAUGUCGGGUUUUUCGAUUCGGAUGGAUACUUGCAUCUUGUGGGUCGGAUCAAGGAGCUCAUCAAUCGUGGAGGUGAGAAAAUUUCACCAAUUGAGGUAGAUGCAGUGCUACUGGCUCAUCCUGAUGUUGCACAGGCAGUUGCCUUUGGUGUCCCCGAUGAGAAAUAUGGCGAAGAGAUAAAUUGUGCAGUGAUUCCAAGGGAAGGAGUAAGCCUGGAUGAAGCAGAGAUUUUGCAAUAUUGCAAGAAGAAUCUUGCAACUUUCAAGAUCCCCAAGAAGGUGUUCAUCACUGAUUCUGUGCCAAAAACCGCGACUGGCAAAGUCCAGCGGAGGAUUGUAGCUGAGCAUUUCUUGUCCCAAAUGUCUGCUGCUAAAGUUCCCAAAUUUGGAGCUUAAUUGAGCACUGCUCUCUCCCUCCCGACAUUUACCUUUUGCUUUGUAGGUUACUUAGGUACAGAUUUAUGUGGCUGUAUUUUUUUUUUUUCUUAUUGGAAUUAAAGUGAUUCUUGAAAUAGACUGAUGAGAUCAAGUAAUUAUGAUUUGAAAAUAUUUGCGUUCAAUUUUUGCAA